AUGCAUCGACUUUUAGCUGACCUUGAGCCAUCUAUAACCGUCACCGGGCAAAACCUAGCAGACCUAGUUCGGUAUAUCUUGCGCUCAAAAAUAUAUGAUGUCGCCGAACACAAACGUCUACGACGUGAGGCUGUUCCCUCAUCGGAUGAAAAUGCUACAGCUGAAGAUGCGGCGCCACAAUUUGCAGAGCACCACACAAACGUGGAUGCCGCCGUGAAUGCCCCAGUUGUAAUUGAUUCAAACGAUGAUGGAACAGUCUCCCAGAAACUGGAAUGA